CACGAGUCACGACGCAACCUGCAGGGUCGGAAGAGUGAACAGCGACUGCUCUAUCCCGCUGCACUUCUCUCACUCUACACACCCAGAUUGAGAGAUAUACAAACACACGCACAGAGAGAGAGAGAGAGAGAGAGCUCUUUUCUUGUCACUUCAACUUCUACUCACGCUUACGCUUUGCUUCUUCUAAAUUUCGGAGAGAGAGAGAGAAAGAGGAGGAUUCAUUAUUUAAUGCCGUACCGUUGUCGCACAUAUUAGUCUCUACUACUUCACCGACUCUCUCCCGCACUACCAAAUCGGCUAUGGCUCUCCCGAUUGGGAAGGUGGUCGUUCUUCUUGGUGCAGGUAUUGUUGGUUCAGUACUUGCAAAAGAAGGGCGUAUGUCAACUGUAUCUGAUUUCGUCUCUGGUGCUUUUAAGAUUGUUUUGAGGCAAAUAAAACAAGAUGAUUCUUCCUCAUCAGUUAAAAAACCACACAAUGACUCUCUAAUGGCUCAGGUUAACAGCCUACGGCAAGAGUUGCAGUCAUUGGCAUCAAAUGGGCCCAUUACAAUUGUGACCACGAGUGGAAGAGGUACUACCAGAUAUGGUGUUAUUAUCGUUGUGGUCGUUUUAGGAUAUGGCUAUGUUUGGUGGAAGGGCUGGAAACUCCCUGAUUUGAUGUUUGCGUCAAAGCGUGGUUUAAAUGAUGCUUGCAAUAGUAUAGCUAAACAGCUUGAGAGUGUAUAUUCAUCAAUCUCAGCCACCAAGAGGGGGCUAUCUUCAAGAAUGGACGUCAUGGAUUCAACCUUGGAUGAGUGUGCAGAAAUUACUUCUGAAACACAACAAGAGGUUUCUGAACUACGAAAAAGAACGGAUUUCGUUGGUGUGGAUGUUAUAAAUAUCCAUGAUGCAGUACAGACUCUGGAAACGAAGAUUAGUAGAAUAGAAGGGAAACAGGAUCUUACAAAUGAAGGAGUAAGGAGGUUGUGUCAUUAUGCCCGGAACCUGGAAAAUAGCAGAACCGCAGAAAGUGCUCAGGCAUUGCCUUCCAGUUCCUCCAAGCUAGCUCUUGAACAGCCGCCUACUACUCCCUCUUCAAUGGUGGCACCAUCCAGUUCCUACAGGCCAGCUCUUGAACUACCACCGAUUUUGCCCUCAUCAAGGAGUGCAUCUUUGCCCCCUGUUUUAUCUGCUGAACCUCUGCCUUCCUCAGGUUCCAAUGGAUCUCACCAGGUUAAACGACCACUGCAGAAUGCUAUCUCUGGUCUCCAGGACAUUAGUGGAAUUUCAGAAGUGGUAGAGGCCUCAAGAAAUCAUGAGGUUUCUAAUGGGAAUCAAGCUUUAGAAGACACCAAUGGUGGGGCUUCAAGUUAUGGUCGGUUCGGGCUGAGGUUUCCUAGCAUUAGUACUUCAUUUCUAUCAAGAACGCGUAGUGCGACAAAUGCAGUGUUACAACAAACACGUUCAAGUAGUCAACAAUAAUGAGGAUCUAUUGUGUUGAUCCCAAUUAGAACAUCUAUAUAAAGAUUUACCAUUGGACUCUGCUUGUGGAAAAGAUUUCAGGGGUUACUUGUGGCUGGCCUGAGACCCCCAUUAAAUAUAGGUUGUGCCCAUGCCAAAUUGAUGGAAACAGGACUGGGUACUGAAUUUUGUAGAGCUGUUUACAUUAUAACGUUUAAAUAGGGUUAUUCUUGACGUGUAACUAAAAUUAUACAGUUCCCUUUUUGGUCUAAAGAACGGUGGCUACUGGAGAGAGAGGGUCUGGCAAACAAAGAGAGGCUUCCAAAAAUAAGCAAUUUCUUUUCUGUUUAUGUAACUUCGACCCUAUGAUAAAGAUAAUUGUUCGUCUCAGCUUGA